ACUCCUCCCUCGCGCUACUUGAACUUCCGGUCUGCGUGCGCCCUGGGCUCGUUGACGUUCCGCCCGCCCACUGGCGCGGCACGCACGCGUACGCCUCGCUUUCUGCCUCGCGCAGCCGUGGGGGCGGGGGCGUGCUGUGAUAAAGCUUGGGAGUUGUGUUGCUAAGCAACCGGAUCCGGACCGUGGCGCGAGGAGCAGAACUACAAGAUAUUACAAAAUAUGCUGUCAAUUGCCGCUGUCAAUGGAACAUCAUUAUUCUGUUUUGAAGACAAGUAGUUCAUCAGUGACUUCAGUCCACAAUUCUAAAAACAAUUACAAGGGCAGUUCCUCCAAACGAGAUACUUUAGCUGUUACUGCAGUUGCUUUACAAGAUCAUAUUUUACAUAACCUUCAGCUGCAGGAUCUUUCAUUAGCAGAUCCUUUUAAGUCAAAGUUAAGGAAUAAAAAGAACAUUUACAAACCUGUGAACAAAGAGAUGGUCAGAGCAGUAGUAGAUACUGGACUAAGAAAAAAGAGCAUUCUCCACACAAAAAAGGAAGAUCCAGAAAAAGAAUAUGUCCUUGAUCCUAACCCUCCACAACUAACAUUAGCUCAGAAAUUGGGCUUAGUUGAUCCUCCUUCCUUGCCACUAACAGCAGAAGAGUGGGAUAAAGUAAAGCAAAGAUCCAUAAAACAGGGAGAUUCUGUGCAACCUUGUGCAAUAUGUAGGGAAGAAUUUGCACUUCAACCACAGGUGCUGCUUUCAUGUUCCCAUGUAUUUCACAGAGCAUGCCUGAAAGCUUUUGAAAAGUUUGCAGGUAAAAAGACCUGUCCUUUGUGUAGAAAGAAGCAGUAUCAGACCAGAGUAAUACAUGAUGGGGCGCGUCUGUUUAAAAUAAAGUGUAUUACGAGAAUCCAAGCUUGCUGGAGAGGGUAUAUUGUUAGAAAAUGGUAUAAAAACUUGAGAAAAACAGUACCUCCUCAAGAUAGCAAAUUAAGAAAAAAAUUCUUUGAAGCAAAGUUUCAGGAGAUCAGCAAUCGGUUAUUGAGUUCUUAUGACACAAACAUAGAUGAGUUUUUUUCUGAAAUUGAUUCUUCUAUAGCUGCAAGUCGAAAUGUGCUUCAACAGUUGGAGGAAAAAUUUGCCCCGUUAAUAAGUGAAACUGAAUGGGAGAAAAUACAGAUGCAGGCAUUUCGGCAAGAGAUAUUUGACUGCCCUAUUUGCAUUAUGCCACUGUGUCAUAUCACUCAUCCUCCAAGCGUCUUCUCUGAGAACAGCAAUAAUCGGUAUUCGCGCCAGACUGUUCUGCUCUCUUGUUCACAUAUGUUUCAUCAGACUUGUCUUCAAGCAUUUGAAGAGUUUUCCUUGGGAGAAAAACUUGUUUGUCCCUUAUGUCGCUCUUGUUAUCAAAAGAAAAUUCUUGAAUGUUGAUAUAAACAUGUAAACAGUCCAGAAUGAGCUGCAUAACAGAAUUUUUAAUCGGUGUAAUGAUAGAUAGCCUCACAGGAGAUUAAAGCCUUGUCAGAUCCAGUGUGAGAAAAAACACUUCUCUAUGGAUGCUGAUCCUCACUAAUAGAAAUAAAAGUUAAAUGGGCAUUGUGCUAUCAUUUCUCUGACUUGUUGCUUUUCCUUGCUCUCCACAGUCUUACCUGUCUUCUACUCCCUUUGGUUCCCCUUAUGUUCUGUUUUCCCUUCCUGGUCUUCUCCUUUCUUUAACCUCCUCCCUCUCAGAGGCACACUACCCUCUCCAUCUCCUGCACAUCCCAGGAUCCCUUUUUCUUCUCCCUUUCCUUGAGAACUCUUCCCUUUGACUCCUUUCUUCAUUCAGUGGAUUCCAUCUACAUACUCCCCACGGGAGUUACUCAUGUUGAACAACAGGAAAAGACAGAUUCCCUGGAUAGCACCGCCCAGGCAGUUGGAAAUACCACCGAUGAGUGUGGAAGGAGAUGCAUUACUUCUUCAGCUCCUUUUAGUAGCUGAAUGCAGCUGGGCUGGCUCCUCUCCUUUAAUGGCUGGAAACCACAUUACAAGGUCAACUAUAGGCAAAUGGGAAGUACUGCAAAAUAGCCCUACUGCAAAUGUGGCUGAGUGGUCCCCAUAAAGGAACAAGUUGGUUCAGGAACUUGUCAUGACAGUGGGACUAAGUAAUAUCGUCCAGGUUAGAAGAGACCAAAAUGCAUUUAAAACCUUUCAGUUGUGGACUGUUACCCUUGAACUUUGAGUUAAGGCCUAAAAUCCCUUGAUCAAUGUCAUGCACCCAGGAGAGCCUGAAAGCUAAACUUUUGUUAAAAUGUUUCAGAUGCUUUAGGAAACUAUAUGACUCACAAUGCUGAAAAUGCUUGCAGACUGCCCAUAUUUAAAUUAGAAUGGUUCUGUGUCAAAGAUUACCGAAAAGUACUAUUGAUAGCCUGUGUAUUUUUCCAUUAAUUAAAAACUAAAAUUAGGAUACAGGCAUGUAAAAGGUACGGGUUUGCUUUUUGAUGGUUUUGCUACAUGUUUGUCUUUUGCUUUAUUUCUGCUCCAUGUUUUGGUCCAAAGGGUGUUAACGCCUACUGAACCUAUCGGGAUCUCUGCUACCCCCCUAUGAUACUCCGAACUUGAACAAAUGGCUUGUGUUAGAGGCUCUCAAGCUUUUUACACACAUUAAGCCACCCUCCACAGUGAGGUGGAAUGCAUAUUGUGACAAAGUUCCUCCUCGGCUUUGGUGGGUCCUGCACUUUUUGGCAGAUUUGCUCACCUCAGAGGUUCACGGCAGCCCUCAUUUUGGCCAUUUCUGCUAGAGGCUCAAAUCUGCCGUUCACUCAGCUAACCUCAUCACUGGCCAGCAUGGAGGAAAUGGAGAACAAUCUCCACAGUCUCUGCUGUCCCACCUAGUGUGUCUGGGACAGGCCAGAUCCCUUUCCAAAUUAGACGUUCCCUUCUGGUGUUGUCACAGACCACGUCAACUCCUCCUGUGUUCAAUCAGGAAUUGGGGCUCUGGGGGUAAACCCGGGCCCGCCCUCUACUCUGGGUUCCAGCCCAGAGCCCUGUGGAUAGCAGCUGUCUAUGUCUCCUGUAUCAGCUGUGUGACAGCUACAACUCUCUGAGCUACUUCCCCAGGGCCUCCUCCCAACACCUUCUUUAUCCUCACCCCAGGAUCUUCCUCCUGAAGCCUGAUCAUGCCUGUAUUCCUCAGUCCUCCAGCAGUUUGCCUUCUCACUCCCUGCUCCUUGCAUGCCCCCCCCCCCCCGCUAACUGAUGGGAGGUCCUUUUAAAACCAGGUGUCCUGAUUAGUCUGCCUGCCAUAACUGAUUCUAGUAUGUUCUUAAUUGGCUCUGGGUGUCUUAAUUAGCUUGCCUGUCUUAAUUGGUUCUAGCAGGUUCCUGAUUGCUCUAGUGCAGCCCCUGCUCUGGUCACUCAGGGAAUAGAAAACUGUUCAUCCAGUGGCCAGUAUAUUUGCCUUCUACCAAACUCCUGUACCCCACUGGUCUGGGUCUGUCACAAUAUAUUACAGAGGAGUAAAUUGUAAGGCAUGCACAGACAAUGGAGAAACAUCUUACAAAGACUCAAAAGUCCAUCGUUUAUUUUUAAUACAAACGUUGACCAAAAAAAGCACAUUGUAAAUCACAGUUUGACUUCAUUGAAAACAGAGUUUAAUAAAAAUAUUACUAAAAACACACAAAUUGUGACAUUUCAAAUAAAGGGAAAAGAUACUAAAUCUACUCCUUUUCACUAUUGUACUGUGACAUUCAAACCAUCUAAAAAGGCAGUUUUCAUAUAGUUUUGUAACACUGCAAGGUAACCACAACUGAAAAUUUUAUAAAGUACACAUUUUCUGAUGACCUAAAUUAAAUUAACCUCAAGGAUUUAGUGGGGAAGAUGCAUCUGCUACAGAUUGGUAACAGUUACUUUAGUGCUAAAAACAUUUUUCAGACAUAUUUUGCUUCCAAGAUAUGAGAAUGCCCACAUACAAAAGUUUUUAGUUAACUAAGGCCUUGAUACUGCAAAGAAUUAAGCACUUGCCUAACUUCAGCAUGUGAGUAGUUCCACUGAACUCAACAGGACUGCACAUAUGCUUAAAAGUUAAGAAUGCAUAAAUUUGUGCAAAGACAGACCUACACUGUUAAGAUUGGAAUGAAAGAGCCUGAACCUGCAUGAGGAAAAA